AUGGCGCCGGGUCCCUUCCCCGAAGACGCCAUCUUGGCCCUUCACUACAACUACACGGGGAAGCUGCACCCGGGGAGAUACCGGGGGGGCCUUCGUCCCCACACCCUCCUCUUCCUCUUGGGCUGUUGCCUCAUCGUGGCCGAGAACCUGGUGGUGCUGGUGACCAUCUGGAAGACCAAGAAGCUCCAUUCUCCCAUGUUUUACCUCUUGGGUAACCUCACCCUCUCCGAUCUUUUGGCCGGCGUGGCCUACACGGCCAACAUCGUCCUCUCGGGGGCCAACACCUUGAGGUUGACCCCGGCUCUUUGGUUCCUGAGGGAAGGGGGGGUCUUCCUCACCUUGGCCGCCUCCGUCCUCAGCCUCUUGGCCAUCGCGGUGGAGCGACACCUCACCAUGGCCCGGGUCCGGGUGGUUUCGGCGGCUUCUUCCACCACCAAAGGCCGGACUUGGCGGUUGGUGGCCACCAGUUGGGGUUUGGCGGUGGCCUUGGCGGCCUUGCCAGGGUUGGGUUGGAAUUGUUUGGGCGACCUGAGGGUCUGCUCCACCGUCCUCCCCCUCUACUCCAAGCGCUACGUCUUCUUCUGCGUGGCCAUCUUCCUCGCCAUCCUCUUGGCCAUCGUCAUCCUCUACGCUCGUCUCUACCGGGCCGUCCGUCGUUCCGCCAACCUCCGCCCGGCCCCCAAAUCUCCGGCUCUUCUCAAAACGGUGACGGUGGUGGUGGGGACCUUCAUCGCUUGUUGGUCCCCCCUCUUCCUCCUCCUCCUCCUGGACGCUUGGUGUUGCCCCCGGGCUUGCGCCGUGCUCUACCACGCCGACUACUUCUUGGGUUUGGCCAUGGCCAACUCUCUCCUCAACCCCCUCAUCUACACCGGGACCAGUCGGGAGAUGUGCCGGGCCGUCCUGCGUCUUCGCUACGUCUUCUUCUGCGUGGCCAUCUUCCUCGCCAUCCUCUUGGCCAUCGUCAUCCUCUACGCUCGUCUCUACCGGGCCGUCCGUCGUUCCGCCAACCUCCGCCCGGCCCCCAAAUCUCCGGCUCUUCUCAAAACGGUGACGGUGGUGGUGGGGACCUUCAUCGCUUGUUGGUCCCCCCUCUUCCUCCUCCUCCUCCUGGACGCUUGGUGUUGCCCCCGGGCUUGCGCCGUGCUCUACCACGCCGACUACUUCUUGGGUUUGGCCAUGGCCAACUCUCUCCUCAACCCCCUCAUCUACACCGGGACCAGACCCUCCUUGACCUUGGCCAUGGCCAACUCCCUCCUCAACCUCCUUGUCCAGGGCCUCCAGGGUGGUCCUGGUCCCUGA